AAAGGCGUACUCGCGUAGAAAUCGGUCACAGCUAUAUCGAUGCGCAAUAGCGCCAAUGUAGGCAAGCGAAGUGUCGGAAGCCGAAAUUGUCAGAACUGAGGCGCAGUCGCGAAAGCCGUGGAGGAAGUAGAUGCAAGUUGGUGUGAGUUGGGCUCGCCUCGCGCUCUGAUCAGGUUGAAGAAACAGGCAGUUGCGGAUUUCCAUCUACUAUUAGAAUUCCGUGCGGAAGAGCUCGGCUUCGACGCCAUGGACCAAUUCAAAAUGCCUUACUUCUACAAUUAUCCGCCUUACUUCACUUUGCAACCGGUCAAAGAUACGAGGGAUAAACAAGUUCAGCUCUGGAAAGAGUUGAUUCUGAAGUAUUGUAAGAAUUACAAGAUCUUCAUCAUUAAUCUCGAUGAAGAGUUUCCGCUGUUUGUGAACUCAUCAAUUGAGAGGAAAUUGAGUCAUGAAGCUCGAGAGCUUUUUUUGGGAGCUCUUGUAACCGAAGGUAAGGCUGAGUGGCUAGACAAAGGCCAUCGCAAAUGCCUAAUCCUUUGGCGUACAAUUACGGAUUGGGCCAACCUGAUUUUGCAUUUCGUCAAGGAAAAUGGUUUUGAGGACGGUGUCAUGACUCUAGACGAGAUUCGCACUGGAGAUGAAACGCGUGGGACAGAUAUUGCUGGAAUAGAUAGAACGGUUCUUAUCAAAGCCUUGCGGGUUCUCGAACAGCGCGGCAAAGCAGCUAUGUUUAAGGGAACUUCUGCCGAUGACGAAGGGGUGAAAUUUUCGGCCUAGCUCGAAUGAGUGUAAAGUAGACCCCCGGCUUCCAAGGACACGGAACACAUUGUGCUCUACAGUCUUGACGCUCAAAGCAUCAAAUCAAGUGCGUCCCAUGAAUCAGGAAAGCAUGACAUCACUCUCUUCACCUGCCGAGAUCAUCGCUGUUGAUGUCAAAGGACCUUACUUUGUGUGAUCGAUCCGGACUACACCACACCUUUCCAGGUCUGAUCUUGCAGAAAUCUCUGGCAAAUAUCAUGUUACACAUGAAACAGUUGAAAGAUUUAUUGCUGUAACCACUGCUAACAUGAAACCUAGUGAUGUUUAUAUACCUCUAUAGAAUCCUCUGAAAACAGAGGAUUCUAUAGAGAAGAGUGCUCAAAAGCUUUAUGAGGCCACCUGGUAAUCGUUGUUAAUAAAUGAGAAUCGUACCAGAUUAUACGUGUACUUUGAAAAUACGUGGAAGCCAGUAGAGCUAAGAAUCGUGUUUGUUCAGUUUGAUCAGGAAAUUGAUGAAGCAUCGAACCAUCUCUAAGUUCAGCUGCAUUCAGUAUCCUAGCUUUGGUAGUCGUUGGGAUACUAUUAAACGACCUAAAAUGUUUGGUUAGACUUGAAAUGUUUGUAUUUUCAGUGAGAUCCGCAUGUUAUCCAAAUGUUAUUCGUGGAUGUAGUCCUUGAUUUCGGAGGGAUGAGAAGAAAGUAGGUUAUGAAAGGACCCUAGGACACUCUGAAGAAACGUUUAGUGGAUACGGAGUUUACAUCGGGCCCAGUAAGUGUACUGGCCCCGAUGUAUGGGUGGAGUUUAGAAGACCUUAGUCACAGCACCUAACAGGCGUUUUUUGGGGCCAUUGCGAGGGUCAACUCUCUGCAUGUCUGAGUGGACUCAUUACAGUUGGAAAAGUUCGGAUAGGUGCUGAGGAAGAUGUUUAUUGAACAAAAAAUCUGCACGUGGUCGUUUUUCGCCGAUCAGUGGAAGGGACUACAUGUACAGUUGUGGAAGAGUACCUCCCAUAAUAAGAAAAUGUUGGUGAUUUUAGGACUGUCAUGGAGUUCUAUUGACAGUCUCUCUCGG